UCAAAGCCCAUUUGACUAUAUAAUAUAAAUAAAUCUAGAGCAACACUUUCCUAAUAUUCAAAGUUUAUUUGAAAUUCAAAAAGUGUGAUAUAUAAUUAACCAUGGCCACUGACACUCCUCUAUUAGACAACACUAACAACAACUCUUCUAGUGUUGUUGAAAAUGAAGAAGAGAAGCCACUGAAAAUUGUUCACAAAUUUGGUGUUGAGUCAAAGAAGAUAUGGAAAAUAGCAGGUCCAGCAAUCUUAACUGCUUUAUCUCAAUUCUCACUUGGUGCACUUACUUCUACAUUUCUUGGUCAUGUCGGUGAGCUUCAACUUGCUGCUUUUUCUGUUGAAAACUCUGUUAUUGCUGGGUUUGCCUUUGGUUUCUUGUUGGGUAUGGGAAGUGCCUUGGAGACACUAUGUGGGCAAGCAUUUGGUGCUGGUCAUAUAAGGAUGAUGGGAGUUUACAUGCAAAGAUCAUGGAUUAUCUUGUUGACUGCUGCCCUUUUAAUGUCACCUUUUUAUAUUUGGGCAACUCCCCUCUUGAAGCUCGUUGGACAGACCGAUGAGGUCGCAGAGGCUGCUGGCACAUUGGCUCGAUGGAUGAUACCACAAUUAUUUGCAUAUGCUUUGAAUUUUCCAAUUCAAAAGUUCUUACAAGCACAAAGGAAAGUCCUUGUGAUGUUAUGGAUAUCAGCAUCAGCUUUGGUUUUCCAUGUAAUUAUUAGUUGGCUUCUAAUAUUUAAACUUGGAUGGGGCUUAGCUGGAGCUGCAAUUUCUCUUAACACAUCAUGGUGGCUUAUUAUCAUUGCUCAACUUAUGUACAUUUUCAUCACUAAAUCAGAUGGUGCUUGGAAUGGAUUCUCAAUGCUAGCAUUUGCUGAUUUGUUUAAUUUUGUCAAACUUUCUUUAGCAUCAGCUGUUAUGUUGUGCUUGGAGUUUUGGUACUUGAUGAUAUUGGUGGUGAUAACAGGACAUUUAAAAAACCCUCUAGUACCUUUGGAUUCCAUAUCUAUUUGUAUGACCAUAAAUGGUUGGGAUAUCAUGAUUGCUCUAGGGUUUAAUGCUGCAAUAAGUGUGAGAGUAUCAAAUGAACUUGGAGCAGGUGAUUUUAAGGCUGCAAAAUUCUCAGUGAUAGUGGUUUCCUUGACAUCAAUAUUCAUAGGUGUUGUUGCCAUGAUCAUAGUACUAUCAACAAGAGAUUUCUUUCCUCAAUUGUUUACCUCAAGUGAUGCUGUUGCCGAGGAAACAACUAAACUUGCUGUCUUGCUUGGUUUCACUGUUCUUCUAAACAGCCUUCAACCAGUCUUGUCUGGUGUUGCUGUUGGAGCUGGUUGGCAAUCUCUUGUAGCAUACAUCAAUCUUGGAUGCUAUUAUAUUGUUGGAGUACCAGCAGGGAUAUUGUUGGGUAUCACAUUUGGUUUUGGAGCAGAGGGUAUUUGGUCGGGUCUAAUUGGAGGCAUAGCAAUGCAGACUAUAAUCCUUAUAAUUGUCACUUCAGUCACCAAUUGGAAAAAAGAGGCUGAUGAAGCAGAAAGCCGUGUGAAGAAGUGGGGAGGAGCAAAUGCAUAUGAAAAUUGAAUUCUAUUUUAGAUUGAAUGAACAAUGGAGGCAUGAAAUGCAUUGCACAACUUCCUUGUCAAGUCACACAUUAGGAUUAUUGAGCUGUACUGAAGAUAUAUUAUUACAUUGGAAAAUCUUUGAAAUCUAGCAUAGUUUCUUUCUAUUAUGGAUUAGCUUAACCAGUAUUGUUUCAAAAAAUUGUUUAAUCAAUCAUGUGUAUGUACUUAUAAUUUUUUUCAAUCACAAUGAUGUUUUCUCUUAUUAUUAAAAAAAUGAUGUUGUCUUGUAUAAUUUUUAUAAAAAUAUUUACUUCU